CGAGUCACACCGUUCGUUAGCACUGACACGGUCAGAGCCGACCAGGUCAAGAUGGGCAUAUAUAACAAACAGUGGACGUGAAACGCAAGUAUGAACCAGCAUUUUUCGUGACGAGAUGGACCAUGACCAUGGCACUGUAAACAUGACCAUGGAAAUGAAGUAUCCCGACCAUGGCCAUGGCAUGGUAAUGCCCGCCGUUUUCAUUACCGGAACGCACAUCACGCUGUUCUUCAACAGUUGGAGAACCUCAUCGCUGACCUCAUACCUCCUUGCACUAUUCCUUCUCUUUGUAUUGGCCUUGUUCAAUCGCUUCCUUGGGGUCCUGAAACUCCAACUCGAUGCCAGAAUUGAGACACCUCUUGUUCCCAAUGUCCCCAUUACAGCCCCUCCACCCGCAUUGAGACGGCAUCCUCUCAUUCCGAAGAACCACGCGAGUCCUCUCCCACGCUAUGUGAAGAGUCACAACGCCCACGACGGCGACCACUUCCCACCGGCACCCUUCUCGCACGCGCAAUCCGAGGAAUGGAAUGAGUUCAUCUCGGGCCGACCCACAAAACCACAAGGACCAACUGUACGAUUUCUCCGUGCGCUCUCUGGUACAUGGACAACGAGAGAACCUUGGAACUGGCGACGGAGGAGUCUCCGUUCAUUGCUGGAGGGAGCGCGGGCGUUGAUCGGUUAUAUGCUAAUGUUAGCAGUUAUGACUUUCAACACCGGGGUGUUGUGUGCGGUAAUCGGCGGGAUUAUUGUCGGCGAGUUGGUUCUGGGUCAGUAUGCGCAGUCGGGUUGGCAGGAUGGAGCAUGUCAUGAUGUCAGCUCUGACGACAAAGAGAAUCAGACUGAUGCCAGCUCUGACCUGAGUGAGAUCUUUUCAGACAAUGGCUCUGAUAGUGACUCCACCAGUGACCUGGAACUUGAUAGUGAGGAUUCAGAUGAUGAAGAUGAAGAUGAACCCAAUGACAAUAUCUCCAAUGAUGAGGGCCAGCUGCCUCCUGAACACUAUUUGGCCCAAGUGGAGAGCUUGAAUGUCUCUCAGCUUCGACAGAAGCGGUACAGCGACGCCACUCAGGAAAGACUUGAUGAGACGUGCAUGUACUGGAAUAGGUAGAUAACUCUCUUAGCCAUCAAAUCAUGUUGAAAGCUCACUGGUGGCUUCCUGGUAGAUAUUGUCGGUAUAUUGGUGUUGACCCGGUACAGCACUGGCAAUGGAUCUCAGACUCAGAUGAGACGGUCCAUUUCCUGUAUGCAUUUUUUGGCUGGCGGUGUGACAUCCAUUGUGGCAACUACCAGAUUUUUUGAUUAUUGUCGAGGCUCUCGUGACAUCGGCCGACUGCACGUACUGACCAGUGCAUAUCUUCUUCAGAAGACGGUGAAACACGACUUUGAGGAACCGAGUACGCCAAGUAUCCAUUUCUUCACGGUCCUCCAGUUGUAAAAGUAGCCUGUAAGACUCAGCUAUGGGAUGAUCCAAGUUGAGAUCGAGGGCGUCCUCCUCAGUGAAAAAGCUAUGAAUGUUGUCUUUCCAUUGUGGGAUAAAUUUCAUCAAGUUCUCAGG